AUGCGCAAACUAAUUAUUCUGUGUCUUCUUGUAUUUGUCUUUGUAGCUGUCGCAGCUCUCUCCGUUGAUGGAGCUUUAAACGCCUACCUCAACGGUGGAAAAGGCGUCACAUUGGCAGUCAAAGGCAAAGGUAAAGGUAAAGGAAAAGGCAAAGGCCCUGGCAAAGGUAAAGGAAAGGGUAAAGGAAAGAGCUUGGGAAAGAAAGGAAAGCAUCAUGGUAAAGGAAAGAAAGGAAAGAAAGGUAAGAAAAAACAUACGAGCAAGAAGAGCCACAAGAAGUCUCAUACAAGAAAAUGCCUAUCCAAACCAUGUGCUAUUCGUUGUAGUAGCGGUUUGAUGAAAAGCAAGCGAGGAUGUCAACUCUGCAAGUGUUGUCCUCCUGUGUUGUGCAAGAUGUAUUGUCGUAAAGGAUUUGCCACAGGCAAGAAUGGAUGCAAGAUCUGCAAAUGCCAGAAAUAA